CAUGCUGAUGUAUGUGCUGACUUUCACUGAGAAUAUGGCCAUCAUCCUGGUCAUUGGUAUGGACUACCACCUUCAUACUCCAAUGUAUUUUUUCAUCAGCAAUCUCUCCUUCUUGGAGAUUGGCUACACAACUGUGACAGUGCCAAAGAUGCUGACCAACAUUGCCAUUCAGUCACAGACCAUCUCUGUUACUGGCUGCUUCACACAGAUGUACAUCUUCUUCUUUCUUGGCUCAGCUGAGUGCUUCCUGCUGACUACCAUGGCCUAUGACCGCUAUCUGGCCAUUUGCAAUCCAUUGUAUUAUACCACCAUUAUGGAUCGUAAAGCUUGUUUAUGGCUUGCUCUGGGGUCUUGGUUGGGUGGCUUCCUUGCACCUGCUCUUCCUGCUGCCCUCAUCUUCCGUCUGCCCUUCUGUGGUUCCAACAUCAUCAACCACUUCUUCUGUGACUCACCAAUUCUGCUGGAGCUCUCAUGCCAGGACAUCUUUGAAAUUGAAAUCAUCAACUUUGUGGUGGGCACAAUAGUACUUCUGAGCUCCUUCAUCCUCACCAUGGUCUCCUACAUCUUCAUUGUGGCCACCAUCUUAAGCAUACCCACAGCUGAAGGACGCAGCAAAGCCUUCUCUACCUGUGCCUCCCAUCUGACCAUUGUCACCAUCUUCUAUGGGACCACCAUAUUCAUGUACAUCCGCAUCAAGACCAUCCAGGCUUUUGAUUUCAACAAGAUUGUCUCUGUCUUUUACUCUGUGGUUACUCCAGUCCUGAACCCUGUCAUCUAUAGCCUAAGGAACAAUGACAUCAAGCAAGGCAUGAAGAAAGUACUUCUGAGGCAAAAGGACACUUUCUCCAAGUAAAAUUGGCUCAAGUGGCAAUAGGAGAAGUGGGAGAAACAAGCAGCUAACUUGGAAAACCUUUUCUUUUUUUUUUUUCCCCCCCUUCCCUCCAGAACUUUCAAUCACAUCAAUGAGGCAGCAAAACUCCUGUCUGGGAGGUUCCCUCAGGGACUAAUACAAACAGAAUCGGAAAUUUCAUUUCAGUUUCUUUGCCGUUAAGAGGAGAGAUUCAUCUCACCUCAGUUCUAGUCAUCUAGAAGCCAGUUGUCUAAUUCUAAGCUAGUCACCUGGG